CUCCUCUCCGCCUUCGACCAUGAACGCUGCCGACCUCUCGGCCCAGCUCAUCUCCCUCUCCGACUCCCUCAGAACCACCACCUCCCUUAUCAGCAAACUCGCCAAACUCCAAUUCCAACCUGGCACUGCGUCGUUCGAAGACGACGGCGGAGCGCGGAUAGAGCUUGCUCAGGAUAUUCACGAGAGCUUGAAACAACUCGAAGAAGAGCUAGAGUUCUUGCGCCAGGAAGCAGACGACUACAGGGAGCAGUCCUCGCUGCGCAGAAGGCGAGAUUCGCGAGCAGGCGAAGAAGCGCGGGUCAGUGCCAAAGUUGCUCGUGUGGGGGAAGAGCUGGUCCAUUCCCGACAGCAGUUCCGAAACGCACAGCUUGCGGCAAAACUUGCAAGCGAAAAGGCCAAGCGAGAAGAACGAGAGGCACUGUUGCAAAGCUAUAGAAGAGAAGCCGAGCAGAUUGCUGCACCGCCAGGGGAUUCCGUCAACGGGACGAAGCUCAGCGCUACGGAAGGACUCUUUGCAAGAAGGAGCAAGCACCAGCAGCAAAAGCAGCUUACAAAAGACGAGAUCUUGGCCAACGCAUCCACGGACGUGACUGCUGCCUUGAGACGCACGCACGACUUGCUGAGCACCGAACUGUCACGCUCACGCUUUGCACAAGAGACAUUUGACGAAUCUACCGCUGCUCUCAAGGACCUUGGCGAGGAGUACAACAACCUUGACUCAAUUCUCAGCAACUCUAGGAACUUACUUGGAACGCUUUUGCGCAGCCAAAAGAGCGAUACCUGGUAUCUGGAAACGGCCUUUUACAUACUCAUCUCCACACUCAGUUGGCUCAUCUUCCGACGAUUCCUUUACGGUCCACUCUACCUUUUACCGCGCUUCUUCAUCAAUAUCGUUUUAUUCUUCGCCAACUGGAUCUUCCUCAAGCCACUUUUUGCUUUACUUGGAUUGACAGGAAUUGUGAGGACUGAUUCUACGCCGUCUAUUUCAUCGACUGUUCUCAACUCCUCAACACGUACCCCAUUAAUCAUUCAGCCAAGCGCAACGGGCAGGGCAGAACCAUUACCCGAGAAGCUGCGAGAUCGGACCAAAGCAGGAGGCGUCCGAGCAGGUGCAGGAGGGUCUGGCGCUAAAGUCGGCAAGGAUCCGGAGCGAGAAAUUCAGCGCCAGCAAGACGAGCUGGAGCGUUUGCGCGAGCAAGAGCAUAUUCUAGAAGGAGAACUCAGUGAGAGUAUUGGCAAGAUGGCGGACAAGAGCGGACAGCAGGGCGAGAAGACGGGGCAAGGCGAAGAAAAUGUAGUAAGAAGGGGCGAUGGAACGAUCCUGCAGGAUAGAGGAGAUGUGCCGAAGAACCCAAAGAAGAAGACCUUUGAGGCUGAUGUUGAGGACAGGAAGCAGGAGGAGGAAGAAGAGAAGGAAAAGGCCAGCACGAAGAGGGAUGAGCUAUAGAUGCGCGUUCACGAGGCAAAGAAAUCGAAACGUCUUAUACAUGAUCUGGCCGGGCUGCACAGACGUUAUCACUGAGCCGCCUUGCGCCCUGUCGUGUUCCAGUCGAGUAUUGCAGGUACAUUAUGUGAGCCAACUCCGUGACCACCUUUGUACAAAAGUGAGCUACCUUAUACAACCGUGCACUGGAGGCGUAUCUAGGGGGCGUAUUGGUGGAGCUCGCACCCAAGACACGCCCACUUCCUUGUGUCGAGUUGAUUAUUACCGUUGGUUGCCAUCGGGUCAGUCAGUCAGUUAGUAAGUCAGUCAGGUCAGUCGGGUCAGGUCAGUC